CCAUAUGAUUCAUCAGAUCAACGUCAGCCAUCUUCAGUUUUCUGCUUCUAUUUGACCUAAAGGACAAAAGUGUCUGUGUCCAGUUAACAUAAACUUAAAUCGUGCUUCGAUAGUACUUAAUAAGUGACAAUAAAUCACUGAUCUUACUGAUGCUUUAAUUAUUUUAAUAUUUUUUAAAAAAUUUUAUUUUUUAUAAAUAUUUACAAAUACUCAGAAGUUGAUCAAGAUGCCAAGUGAAGUAAACGAUAAACCUUUUAAUAUUUACAUAAAUCCGUCUUUUAAUAACCAGCAAAAAAAUUUCAUUCAUAUUAAUCCAAAUGUCCAGUUGAAUGUCGCUGUUCAUUUUAAUCCGAAAAUGGUUAAUUCGUUGUCUGCGUCGCAGUUUAAUAAAAUUAAUCAGCAGCAAAUCCAACACGUCAGACAAUUAAGUCACAAUGUACCUAGUGUACCUGAUGUACUUAGUGUUAAUUCAAAAUUAAAUGUUCAAAAAUCUGUUUACGUAAAUCCAAAAUUAAUCCAACAAUUAAAGUCCAAAGUACCUGAUGUGCAGCAACAAACUCCAAUAUCUAUUUUAUCUCCUAGUAAAUUUGUUAGCAAACAAACUUUGAUAUCGAAAAAUAAUAUCAUUAAUAAUCAUAAUAAUUAUAUUGUUAAUAAUACUAGAAAAUUUUUAAGUAAUAAUGUUAAUAAUAAAAGAGUUUUAAUAAAUAAUAAUAAAAGUUUAAAUAAUAUUAAUACUAAAAGUAUAAAUGUUAAAAAAAGUUCGCCGUCACUGAUUUCGAUAUCAAAGCGUAAAUUAAUUCGCGUAAAACCGGUUACUAAAUUUGUUUUAAACAAUUCACCGGUUAAAAAAAUUCCAGUGGUGGUUAAAAAGUCACCAGUAAAAUUAAACCUGGAGCAAGUUAGGAAAGUGGUGUCGACUAGUCCAGUUACCAAGUCAGUUAGAUUAAGUCCUGUGGAUCAGGCAGCCAAAAAAUUGCCAUCUGCUACCAAAUCACUUAAGCUCAAUAAUUUGAGCCAAUACAAAAAAGUAAAUCCACGUGUCGCUGCUAAGUCAUCCCCAGUUGCUGGGAAAUCGCUUAAGCUAAAUUUGAAUCAGUAUAAAAAAAUAAAUCCACGUGCUGUUACGAAAUCAUCCCCAGUUGCUGUGAAAUUACCCAAGAUCAAUAAUUUUAGUCAAUAUAAGAAAAUAAAUACGCGUGGUCUUGCGGGUACCAGCAGUAGAGUGAAGAGUAAUGUAGGAUGCUCGUCUUCGGAUAAUAAAUAUAAACUUGAUAGGACUAAAGUGGAAAAGAAAAAAAUAGUUAAUAAAAAUCGGAUUUCCAGGUGUAAACCUGCCAGGUCUACAAAUACGAAUUUAAUUAAAAUUGAUGGUGUGAUGUAUAAGUCAUCAAAGUCACAACUUGUUAAGAGCAGUGGCAGUAGUCAAUCAUUAUUGAAAAAAUUCAAUACUGUCAAUCGAAAUAGUAUAAAUAAUUAUCGUAGCAAAAAUAUAUAUAGGCAAAUAAAAUCUAAUAGCAAAAUAACAAAUUUGAAAAGUAUCAGUACAAAAGUAGUUGUGAAUAAAGACUCGGCAACGACAACUACACUAUUGCAAAGAUCUAAUUACAAAAAUUUCCUAAGUAAUCGAGUGAAACAAAGAUCAAUCCAGAUUUUGCGGCACAAAAUGACUAAAAAUAAUCAACCUUGUUUGCUCUUCCAACGGUUUGGAUUCUGCGCUAAAUUCAAUGAAGGAACUUGUCCUAAAGUACAUGACAAAAAACAAGUUGCUCUUUGUAAAAACUUCCUCCAAGGUAAAUGUCUAUUAGAUAAUUGUCGCCUUUCGCAUGACGUCGGCCCGGAAAAAAUGCCAACAUGUAAAUAUUUUCUGGAUGGCUGUUGUGUUCGCGAUUCCUGUCAAUAUCUCCACGUCAAAGUCUCUGCAAAUACUCCAAUAUGUAUACCAUUUUUACAAGGAUACUGUGGAAAGGGUGACCAGUGCAAAGAGCGGCAUACAAACAUCUGCCCGGAGUUUGAAAAAACAGAAAAGUGUUCAAAAGGUAAGAAUUGUCCUUAUCCUCAUAAAUCCUCAACGACAGCACAAAAUCCAAAAGUUUUUACUAAGAAAAAAGCUAAAGCCAUAACCACAUUCAAUAAGCAACCGGCAAUUGAUAACGAAAAAUCAGAUGCUCCUUCGUCUUCCAACGCAUUGUCGAUACGGGAUGAUACUAAAAAACGUUAUUACGAUAAUGAUGAUUGUUUUGACGACACAUUAGCCUCAAAAAAGAUAAAUAUAUUUAAAAAACUAAAAAUAAUAAAGUCACAUUUGUCUGAUUCUGAACAAAAUCAUCCAUCAGUAGCACUUGAUUCAUCUGUUGUCAUUGAAAAUAAUAGUAACGCACAUCAACAGCAACCAGAUAAAUCCUCACAGCCUGAUAGUAUAAAUUUUAGUUUCAAAAGGCAACCAAUUGGACCUUUACCUGCCUAUAUUCCUAUUUGAUGACUUACAUUUCGUUUUACUAUACGGUUACAACUAAAUCUACCAUUAUUUUUUCAUUUUUUUGCUUAUUGUAGGUCUUAAUUUACUAUUAUUAUUAAUUAAUUGAUAAGUAGGCAACAAUUACUAUUAAUAAGAUGUACAAAUUUAUAAGAAAUAAAGAAAUUUUUUUAAGUGAG